AAAGCUAUUUCAUGAACGCCGACGUUUCUCUUUUUUCGGGCCAACUCAUCGGUCUAUUUGACACAGGAUAAUAUGUUUGUUUUCACUUCGAAGAGUGAUGAUUUGUGACUUAUUUAUUGUACGGUAAUAAAAAAUAGCAAUUAAUUAAAACAUGGAGGUGCAAUAUCUCAUAAUAUUUUUGAGUAUUUUCUGGCAUGGGUGCGAUGCUAUAAUGUGGAGUUUAGCACCGAACACUCAAAAGUGCUUGAAAGAGGAGCUUCAUGCGAAUGUACUAGUUGCCGGUGAAUAUGAAGUUGUGGAAGUCAAAGGGCAAAGAAUUGAUUACAUCGUACGUGAUUCAAAGGGUCACAUUCUUGCUCAGAAAGAUAGUAUAACAAAAGGAAAAUUCACAUUUGUAACAGAGACAUAUGACACAUUUGAAGUUUGUUUCAUAUCAAAAGUACCUCCAGAAUUCCGUGGUAUUGCACAGGAUGUAACACUGGACAUCAAAGUUGGUAUUGAAGCAAAGAAUUAUGAAGGUAAUUCUUGGAUUGGUGAGGCUGCCAAAUUGAAGCCUAUGGAGCUGGAGUUAAAGAGAUUAGAAGAUUUAUCAGAAGCCAUUGUUCAGGACUUCACACUCAUGAGGAAAAGAGAAGAAGAAAUGAGAGACACAAAUGAGUCAACAAACAAUCGUGUGCUCUAUUUCAGUAUAUUCUCUAUGGUCUGUCUCCUAGGAUUGGCUACGUGGCAGGUUCUAUAUCUACGCAGAUACUUCAAAGCCAAAAAACUCAUUGAAUAAUAUAUUUUUUUUAUAUUUCAAACGUUGAUGUAGUCACACUAAGAUCGAUGUAAUAAUGGGAGCUGUUAUACGUCAUAAUUAAUGAAAUUUAAAGCACAAACUUCGAACAAAAUACAUGAAUCAUUGAUGAUAAUAAUUUUUGAACUACAAGCAAAUAUAUAAAGAUUUCUUAUUUUAAAAUGAAUUCAAAUGUUCUUUGGUAUAUUUAUACUAUUUGUGUCUUUACCCAGCUUCAUAUUGUCAUCACAACCGACCGGUGUGAUUACAUUGGUUUGUUUAGAUCUCGUGGCUACGUCACGUCGUAAUUAUUUAAUUAAAACAAAUUUCUUUUACUUAACAAAUUUAUUUAAAUAUAUGUUUGUUGUAUGUAUAUGAUCGAUUUCUUGUCGCUAAGGAUGUAAAGAAAGAUUUAUUAAAAAAAAUUGUUGUUUCAUUUCUAUUUACUUCUUCGAGCAUGUUUCAUACAUAUAAUUUUAAUUGUCAUUUUUUAUAAUAAUUAUAUAAAUUUUGCCUAAAUACAUAAUUGGUUCAUCAAAAAUACUAUACAUGGAAAAAUAAAUGCAUUUGAAUUUAAUGUUUGUAAAGCCCUUUAAAACACUUUAGCAAAGUUAGC